AAAGUCGACUUUGGAAUUAUGAAAAAAACAGUGAAGCUGUCGUAAUUAAAACACUAACACUCAACACAAUCAGCGUAGAAAACACAACUCACAAUCGCCAAGAUGAACAGAAAACACAAUAAGAUAUCUAAUGUCGGGUCCCACAGUCACGGUACCAAGGCGGAACCCAAAAAGUACUCGCCCCAGGAGUACAGGGAGAAAAUUCUUAGCCUGUUUCCGCUUCCGCCGAGACCGGCACAUAUGUGCCACGAUGCGUUCGUGAAGAAACUUCUGGAGCCCUAUGUCCUAGAGACCAAAGAGGCUGUUCGAGCCGUAAAGAUGACCCGUGAUUCCACCGGGGAAGACUCCAGUGAGGAUCCAUACGAGGCGUUCCGGGCAAAGAUGUACAAAACGAAUUAUACGGCACGGGCCACCGUAUACAUGGCACGGGCCACCAUUUUAGCCAGGACCAGCGUCAAGUCAAUCCUCAGUCCCGAGCAACGAGAUUCGGCAGCCCAAACGACCCAAAUGUUCAAGGUGCGCUUUGCAAACCUGAUAUCCGACUUUCGGAACGUGUGCAUCAUCUACCAGCUGCUGCAGCUGCAGGAAAUCCUCAAUGUGAUGCGGGAGUAUCCGCCAGCUGGCACCAAUCCCAACGACACCAUCUUCGGCUGGUCCUACAAGGAGAAUCUAAAGCGAUUUGAACAGCAACCGAGCACCGUCUAUGUGGACAUUCUGGAGAAGAACAAGCCGGAGGCCACGCUCGACGACCUUAAGUUUUAUGUGGAUCUGGGAGAGCUAAUCGGUCUGGUACAGGCCCUCCUAGACGACGUGAUCCACGACAGGGAUCUCUGUGCGCCCAACGGCUUCAUGGAGCUUCUUAAGGACACCCAAGUGGAUAUCGACAAGCUGAUAGCUGUGCCCUACGAGACCAUAAUGGCCGAACACGAUUCCUUACUCGAGGAGAAGGAGAAAAAGAAUCGGGGGGGAAAGUUCCACAAUCCAAAACUAACGGCCAAGCAGCACGCACUCAACAAGGAACGAUUCCAGAUCGAUUUCAUGAGGCCGAUCGAAUCGCGCUAUAAAGUGAAUUGGACCCACGAUGUUGUGGAACAGGGGCAAUACAUUGAUUUCCUGCGCUGCAAGGUUCUUUCCGACGAGCUAGAAAAGAUCGAAGAGCUUAUGAGAACGGACUCGAGUGUGUGGAGGAGCUGCCAUUUGGAGUACGUCACACUGAUCGAACAGUACAAGCAGCGCAUCAAUAAGGUUCAGCAAGAUUACGACGACGACAUGGAGACGGCCGAGAAUAAGUUGCAGGCGACCCUUAACAGGGUGGGCAAGUGCAAGGAAGACCUGAGGUCCUACCAGGAAAAAGUCGAGGAGUUCCAUCUGAAAAUAAAAGAGGUGCGAGAAAAGAUUGCGCAGGAGGUGGAGAAGGAACGUGCCCGCCUUUCAGCUGCACGAGUUUCUAAACGGAUGUCCCGGAUAUUGGCAAGGCAGAAGGAGGAGAAGAAGGCUGCCGCAAAGCAGGCAAAACUGGACAAAAAGCUGGCAAGACAAAACAAAAAAUCUCAAGAAUAGUAUCAUUCCUGCCCAAAGGA